ACUCUUCGAUAGCUUGCAAACAUUCCAACAUGUACACAGGGUCAAAUUCCACGACACAUUUUCCCUGUGGCCCUCUGUAUGCGCUGCACUACAGCUCAGUCUGUGACCCACAGGAAAAGGAUAGCCACUAAUGUAAAAUGUCUCUGCACAAACACACAGCUGCACAUUCAGUCCCGCCUCACGCCCUGACUCGGCUGGCACGCGAGUGGCUCGCAGAAGACGUGCCAAACUUUGACCCAGCUGGGGUGUGUGUAGGGUCACAGGAAGUUGAAGCGAGAUUACUGUGUAAAACACCACACAGCAUCCUGGCAGGGAGUCCCUUCUUUACAGCUGUGUUCACUGAGGUUGGCUGUACUGUGGACUGGAAUUACCAAGAUGGAGCUGAGAUCGGUUCAGAUGCUGUUACACUGACUGCUGUUGUUCGAGGCCCAGCGAGGUGCCUUCUCCUGGGUGAAAGGCCAGCUCUCAACUGCCUGGCUCGGGCCUCUGGGAUUGCCACCCGCUGUGCUCAGCUCCAGGCAAUGGCAAAGGCAAGACGUUGGCACGGAGAAGUAGCUGGCACAAGAAAGACCACCCCGGGUUUCCGUCUGGUGGAGAAGUACGCCAUGUUGGUCGGCGCAGUGUCCACACACAGGCAGGACCUGAGUGGAAUGGUGAUGCUGAAGGACAACCACAUCUGGGCAUCAGGGAGUAUCACAGAGGCUGUGAAAGCUGCCCGAUCAGUGUGUGGCUUCAGCAGUAAGAUUGAGGUGGAGUGCUGCUCCACAGAGGAGGGCAGAGAGGCAGCCAGAGCGGGAGCAGACAUUGUUAUGCUGGACAACUUUCAACCUCAGGAGCUCCAUGUUGCAGCUCAUGCACUGAAAAAGGACUUCCCAGCUCUCCUGAUAGAGGCUAGUGGAGGAGUGACUCCAGACAACUUAGCCAUGUAUUUCUCCCCACAUGUGGAUAUAAUUUCACUGGGCUGCAUUACACAGGGCUGCCCGGUUGUAGACUUCUCACUCAAGGUUCAACCACCUGUUCUUCACCCAAAAGGACGUACAGACAGAAACACUAACUGAAUGUUGUGCAACUUUGUUCUGAUGAAUCAAGGCAUUUUAAUCGUGUUCAUUUAUUUCUCGGAAUAACUGAUGUCAGUUGUUUUAAGAUUGAGAAAUGAAUGACACAUC